UUUCACUCCUCAGGUAGGUUUUAUUAAAGCAGUCCUCUUCAUUUGUUGGCUUUCUCAUGCUUUAUUAUUUUAUCUUUAUGUUACUGGUUUUAUAUGCAGUUUUCUUGAAAUCGAGUUCAUCUUGCGUUGCUUUCAGCCUUUCAGUGUUUUGUUAAGUAAUGCUUCUUUUCUAUUUCGAAUUUCUGAAGAACAAAAACUCUGCCAUAUUUCAUUGUUUGAUUUUGUACUUUUAAGUUUUGCUUUUGUGAAUUCAUUUGUGAGAAGGUUAACCUCAUUAAGGUGUGAUGCAUAUUUUGGCUGCCUGACUGCAUCCUAUUACAGAUUCUUUAUUCAUGAUAGAUGAAAGCUGAUUGGACAAGUAGGAGCUUUGCAGCUGGUUCUAGGGCUUUAGAGGUGGAUGAGAAAUCUGGGUGGAAUUAUAGUUAUAUUUAAUAGAGCUGACUUGUAAAUACAGGGAGGGGUGGAGCUCUACUCUUCAAAUUGAUACUGAAAUAAUGGUUCAAUGUUAAUGUCAGUUCUUUUACAUGUUUGGAGCUUUUUGGACAAAAUGCAUCAUUGGAGCUUGUGCGGCACUAUUCACAACAAGGAUUGCUCUCUUGGUUUGCAUCCAUAGUUUUGAACAAUUUCAUAUAACAAGCUUGGAUAUUUAGUUUCAAGAGUUGUAUUACUUUGGUACAAUCAGCUAAUAGGGAAUGCAGAGAUUGUUAUGAUUUUCAAGAAUCUGUUCUUUAUGGCAGAUUAUAUAACUGACUUGGGCAGACAUGAGUGGUCGGGCAGGCUGCACCAUAUAUGUUGGCAACCUUCCUAUAGAUGUACGCCAACAUGAAAUUGAAGAUUUGUUUUUAAAGUAUGGCCAUAUAGUCAGAGUUGAACUGAAGGCUCCACCUCGAAAACGAGGUUAUUGUUUCAUUGAGUUUGAAAGUUCUCUGGAUGCUGAAGAUGCAAUCAAGGGUCGUAAUAGAUAUGAAUUUGCUGGUUGUCAUUUGAAGGUUGAGCCUGCCCGUGAAGGUGGAAGGUUCUCAUCUUUUGUUGAUCAAAGCAGUCGCUAUGGGGCCUCAUACCGUUCUGAGUACAGAGUUGUGGUCAGUGGAUUGCCUUCUUCAGCUUCAUGGCGAGAUUUGAAGGAUUAUAUGAGAAAGGCUGGGGAUGUCUGCUUUGCUGAAGUCUUCCAAAAUGUUCAUGGAGCUAUGGGUAUUGUUCACUACACUAGCUAUGAUGAUAUGAAAUAUGCUGUUUGCAAGCUUGAUAGAACUGAAUUUAGAAAUCCUUUUGCAAAAUCCUAUAUUCGGGUGAAAAUAUCUGAGGGAAGUAUGUCAAGGAGGGCAAACCGAAGUACAACCCCUAGAAGAAGUCGCAGUAGAAGCAGGCGUAGAAGGUCUGUGUCUCGUAGAGUUCAUCACGGCACAUCUCGUCCACAGCAUGCCUCGUGUUUUCCUAAUAAUAAGCGGUAACUACAUAACAAUAUCCUAUGGACUUGCCCUCUUGCUGCAAGCCAUUAAUUAUAGAGCUUGAAAUUGAAAAGAGUAGAACAAUACUGAUGAAUUUACUGAUACCAUUAUUUUCCAUUCUUGUCUUGAAAUUCAAUCUUAGCAUUAUCUUUCCAUGGUUUCCCUUUGUCUCAAUAAUAGUGGCAAAACAGCACAACUCAUGUGUUGGCCAUUCCUCUAUUCAUU